UGUCAGACACAGUUAGACGUGUUGCUUUUAGUCCCAGUAGACAGAGUUUACUGUGACAAACACCAACCGAAAACUGGAGCGGAAUCUGCAGCUCGGAGGAGGGACAGAGCGGGGUUUUCCAAAGACUAGUGAGCUGAUCGGACGCCGUGGAUAAAACCUUGGCAGAGGUUUCCAGUGUCAGACUCGACUCGAUGUCCAUGAGAGGAAUUUAACUCAGGGGGACAAAAAGCAAAACACCAGUCCCGUGCUGUGUAUGGGCACAGUGAAGCUCUCCAAAAGACAGAUCAUUUCGACUAACCUGCGUCCUCUCCCUGGAUUUUCUUUGACUUUAUAAAAACGCGCUACACUGAGCCACGGAGAUGGAUGUGGCUGCUGAUCAGCCCCGCUGGAUGCACCACCACGCCGUGCUGAACGGACAACACCCAGACUCUCACCAUCCCGGCUUGGGACACAACUACAUGGAGCCCACGGCGCAGCUCCUGCCUCCGGAUGAGGUGGAUGUUUUCUUUAAUCACCUGGACUCACAGGGAAACCCGUACUACCACAACUCUGCCAGGGCCAGAGUGUCCUACAGCCAAGCGCACGCUCGUCUGACGGGAACUCAGGUGUGCCGGCCUCAUCUCAUCCACAGCCCGGGGAUUUCUUGGUUGGACGGUGGGAAAGCGGCCCUGUCGGCUCACCACCACAACGCCUGGGCUGUCAGCCCCUUCAGCAAGCCCAGCCUGCACCAUCCCGGCUCCGCGUCUCCCGGCGCCCUUUCUGCCGUUUACCCGUGCAGCAGCAACUCAAACGCGGUCUCCGCAUCCUCGCUAACGCCACCGUCCCACUCCAGCUCUCACCUAUACACUUUCCCUCCCACGCCACCGAAAGACGUGUCCCCGGACCCGGGGGCCACGUCUCCGUCCUCCUCCGUCACCAGAAUGGACGAGAAGGAAUCUAUCAAAUACCAGGUGUCGUUACCGGAGGGCAUGAAGAUGGAGGGAUCCAGUCCACUGAGAAGCAGCCUGGCGUCAAUGAGCGCACAGACCCCCUCCACCCAUCAUCCCAUACCGACGUAUGCACCCUACUCUCUCCCAGCGGCCCAUGAGUACGGCAGCGGCCUGUUCCACCCAGGCAGUCUCCUGGGAUCAUCACCCAGCUUCUCCCACAAGAACAAAGGCAAGACACGGUCGUGCACCGGUGAGUCCACUGAGGGCCGUGAGUGUGUAAACUGUGGAGCCACCUCUACACCUCUGUGGAGACGUGACAGCACUGGACACUACCUGUGCAAUGCCUGCGGGCUGUACCACAAGAUGAACGGCCAGAACAGACCACUCAUCAAGCCCAAACGCAGACUGUCUGCUGCCAGACGAGCCGGCACCUGUUGUGCUAACUGUCAGACGACCACCACCACGCUCUGGCGGCGCAAUGCAAAUGGAGACCCGGUGUGCAACGCCUGUGGCCUCUACUACAAACUGCAUAACGUGAACCGGCCUCUGACCAUGAAGAAGGAGGGAAUACAGACACGCAACCGCAAAAUGUCCAACAAGUCCAAAAAGAACAAGCGGGUCAGCGACAGCUACGAGGAGUUUUCCAAAAGUCUGCACGACAAGAGCUCUCCAUUUAGCGCCGCCUCCCUGGCCGGCCACAUGUCCAUGGGCCACUUACCGCCCUUCAGCCACACCGGACACAUGCUCCCCACACCCACCCCGAUACACCCGUCAUUCGGCCACCCACACCACUCUAACAUGGUGACGGCAAUGGGCUGAGAAGACCGGAGGGCGCUGGCAUAGAGAGAUGUCAAGAGCCUGAGACAGUUACAUGAACGGGGAUGAGGGUCUAACUAAUGGACAGUGUGUACAGUGUUACAGACAUGCAGUAUGUGUGUCUAGAUUGUCUCUUGAUUGAAUAUGCUAAUGGUAGGUGGGAGAAACGAUGUACUGUGAGGGGAAAGGACCUUUUGCUCCUUAUCUAUAGGUACCUAUUUUGAUGGAGAAAGAUUCUGCUUCCUGUCAGCCAGACACACACAUCUAAACACACACACGAAAAAAAAAAAAAAAAAAUGUUAUUGCACCUCAUAGGUUUCUCCCCACUGACAGCCUGCCUGAGGGACUGCGGUGUGGCUCAACACGUGCUAAAGAGGUUUAUAGUUACUGUGAAUAUUGUAAAUGUGUGGGACUGAAGGGACAGAGAAAUCUCCUUCACUACCUUAAGUAAAAAAAAAAUAAAAUAUGCUGGAUUUUUUGCUCAUGGACAAUUUUAAAGGAGUUUUCACAAAAAGAAACAACCAAACAAAAAAAGGUUUAGCAAUUCUAAUUUGACACUGUUUAUUAUAAUUAUUGUUAUUUUAAUUAAUAUUGUUAUUCAGAUAAUUUAUUUUCACUGUCGUUGUUUCUUUCUUUUCUUUUUUUUUGACUAUAUUACCUGAAUCAUAAUAUGGAUACUGUUAUCCCAGUUAUGAAUAUAUUUUUAGCUGAAGCGCUUUGUCUGAGCUGGUCAACAUUUAUACUCUCAAGAAAUAAAGAGAUCAAGUUCACUAA